AUGAGGUUUCAGGUUCGAUCAAUCAGCAUUUCCACCAAUAAUAACCUUAUUAAAACAGGAUUAAAGACAUCCACUGAGGCAAGUAACAUAAAAAAUGUCUCGAAGUUAGAUUUUCAUGAAAGUCCUGAAAUCAAGUCCAUAAAUAAUUCCAUUUUGUCAAUCGAAUUACCACCAUCGAUUCCAAUUUCAAUUAAAAAAGGUUCUUUGAUUUCUAUUUAUGGGAUUUCAAACUUAUCUAUCUCAUCGAUUUCCAAUCAAUUGGACUUCAAGUUAUCGGACGUAUUCUAUGGGGAUUUCAAUUUAAUCUUUUCCAGGAUAAUCUCCACUAGUAAGAUAUCGAUGUUGAUUUCAUCGAAUAGAUCCAAGAUAUUCAAUUUCAACAAAAUCUCCAAUACAAAUUCUAUAUCCAUGAUAAAUCUUGAUGGUACCAAUGACUGGGCUCUACUUAAUCAAUCGAAUUUACAGUUUAAAAUCGGAAACUCAUUAAUUUUAUCAAAUUAUUUAAAACCAAAAUUCAUUUCCAAAAAAUCAGCUAGAAGUCAAGGAUUGUCAAGAAAUGAAAUGACUGGAUUGAGAUCAAAGUUCAUUGCCGAUUGGCUUUGGCCCUUCAACAAAACCUUUAAAUUGAUCAGUGGUAGAGGUCAAAUAGGUAUAAUUGGUAAAGGAUCAAUCUACAAUAUAAACUUGGUUGAAAACGAAGAAGUUUUGAUUAAUAAGGACAGUUUAUUAGCAGUUUCAGUAAAUGGACCUCAUGACUUACAAAAUUGUAUGAUUAGAUACCAACCUGAGCUUGAAAUUGCACAACCCACCGAAAUAGUUUCAACCGAUACCGAUCAUGUAAGGGCCGAAGUAAUUAAAUCAGAACCGAUGAAAUCCAUUAAUAAUAGAACAGCUUGGUUGAAACCAUACAUUUCGGCAGUAUCCAAAUUUUUUGGUACAGCCAAAACUCAAACUUCUAACUACCUUAUAGGAAAUCAAGAAUUCAUCAAAAUUACUGGACCUAGAAAUUUAUUGAUUCAGAGUGAUACCAACUACAAACUUCCUGAACUUCCUGUUGAUACAAUUAACGAGAGUUUGAAAACAUUUAAGAAAAGGACUAAUGACUACAUCAACAUAGCCACCAUCCAGAGGGAUGAAAAUCUCAUACUGAAGGAAGUGGGUCAACCUCCUAAAGUAUGA